AGAGAGAGAGGUAGUGAGAAUGAAGCAAGUGAGAGAAAGAGAGGGGCGACGAGACAGAAUGAAGGAGAAGAAGCACCGAAUUGCCAUGUAGAGCAGCAGAAAAAGAGUGAAAUAAAAAAAUAAAAAGUAGCGACUGACUGAUAUUACCCUUUGCUGCUCCAGAUAAAAAAGGAGAGCAUAGAAAGAAGUGACUGGAACGUGGCAUAGAAAGGAGAGAAAGAGUAAGGGAACGAAAUGAUGUGGAACUGAUGAAAAGGAUCAGGAUGGCUAACACAAUGCCUGCAUCUAUGGUGGCUAGUCUGCUACUCCUGCUUCUUUGUGCAGGAUCCGUGCCGGCUAUCUGUCCUCCGAUGUGUUCCUGUGGCAGGGGCCAUCGGGUGGUGGACUGCUCUGCCCGCGGCCUCAGUCUACUGCCUGACAGCUUGCAGCACAACAUACAUUUCCUCAAUCUGUCCCACAACCGGCUACAGGACCUGGACGGGCUCCUCGGCCACUUUGGCCACCUAAGAACUCUGGAUAUCUCCCACAACCGCCUCAGACACCUUCCUGACGGUCUGCCCCGUGCUCUAUGGGACAUCCAUGCAUCGGCCAACGACAUUCGCCAACUGGUGAAGAACGACACCGCUUACCACUGGAACUUGCAGUCUCUGGACUUAUCAAACAACCAGCUGGAGCGAGUGGUCUUCAUUAACAACACUCUACCCAGUUUACGGGCACUGAACCUCAGCCACAACAAGUUCUGGACUGUACCCACCAACAUGCCCCACAACCUGGAGGUGGUGGACCUCUCUCAUAACUUCUUGUUGCAGAUCUUGCCUGGCUCACUGGAUCGCCUGCCCCGACUGUCUCGAUUUUAUCUGCAUGCUAACCGCUUUGCUUCAGUGAGCGAGGGUGUUUUCAAUCGAUUGGAAUCAUUGCAGCUCCUUACCCUUGGGGAUAACCCCUGGGCAUGCGAAGAUGAGGAAAACAUGACCCACCUGCUAAACUGGGUGCACCAGACCCCAGCAAAAGUGCUGGGCUGCCCUUGCUAUGUCAGACCCACGUGUGGGGAGGCGCAUCUGGCCGCCAGCAGAACCUGGCACUCAGCCUCAUACACUGAGCCCCCGCUGGGUACUGACACUCGUGACUCUGGUCACCAACCACCUAUACAGGUUGUCACCUCGGUGUAUCUGUCCAAAUCAGCACUGCUCAACUUGCCAUACAACCGGAGCACUGGGAAUGCCACUGGGGCAGGUGAGCAAGCACUGACCAAGGGUGGGGGAUUUUUGACUUCCACCCCCAACACCCUCUCAACCCAAUCAAGCACAACAAUUCGCACAAGAAGCGCCAAGAAAGCAAUACCUGGCAAAGCUCGCAGCAUAAGCAUCCAAAUGGAUACAUGCAAUCCUCAUACUGUCGCUCUGAACCUUCUGUGCACAGCAAUCAUCAUCAAUAUCUUCUGAAUCAGCAUCAUC